AUGAUCGAAGGAAAGGAGGAAAAAAAACUUGCACAAGUGAAUGAUAUGGAGUCCCCAGAUAGUUCAGAAGAGAACCUGACCACUGAUGUAUGUUUCGAGGGAGUGGAAAAUGAAGAAGAAGAAGAAAUGAGCAUAUCUGAACAAUAUGUGCAAGAGAAGGAAAAUUGGGAAGGACCCGGACUUGAAGAAGACUACAGGCAGGAGGUCCAGACAGGCAGUAUGGGUACUUCAGAAGAAGCUGGAGAGGAUUCUGUUUCUAAUGGGGAAAGCGUUGAACGGCCCAUGACCCAGAGUAGCAGAAGAACCAUGAACUACGCAGACAGAGUUCGCAUCCUCAACUUGCGCAGGAACCUAAAUCAACUCGACCACUUAGCUAAUGAAAAGGAGAUGGUUGUUCAGAAAACCAGGGAGGAAUUGAACGCCUGCCAUUCCCGGAUCGAGUCUCUAAUGGCACAACAAAGGAGCGUGGAGCGAGAAAUCAAGAGCGAGAAGGAGGCUGGGAAUACUGCUGCCGUGUUCCGCCUACAGGCAAUGCAUCGGCGCUUGUGUGGUGAACUGGGAAAUGAAAAGGACCUAGAGUCAAAAAUUGCUGCGAUGCGGAACGAAAACGUGCUCGAGAGGUGGAAGAUUGAAAUCGAACAGGGCAAUUUUUCGGAGCUCCGCAAGCAGAUCAAGCGGGAUGAGGAUGAGCUUGACCAGCAGCGCCAAGAGCAAGCAGAAGAGCGAUUUCAGAAGCAGGAGGACAGAACGCGGCUGUUGAGCCGGAGGUGGCAGGCCACAGAGAGAAAAAUACAGCAGCGUAGCAAGGCUUACGAGGAAAGUCUUUCCAAAGCACUGGAAGAUGCUCAGAGGAACCACCAAAAGGCAGUCCGGUUUCUGAAGAACAGUCUAGGAAGGGUCCGUGAGAAAGAAACAAGCGAGGAACUAAAACACCAGGAAUAUAUGCAAAGAAGGAUGGAUACUAUAUUGUCUCUGAAGAACAACAUCACUGCCAACCGGGAAAAACUCCGAACCCUCCAGGUCUGGGAUGAAACCAACGCUCUCGUCGCUCAAGAACAAGACCAGAAAAUGCAGGAGGCCAUCCAGGCUCAGGGCCACAACGUCACCCGGGAGGCUUUUCUCCAUAAACGUCAGGUGGAGUUUGAGCGGAGGAAGAAGGAAUUUAUGGAACAACAGAAAGCAAGAAAAAUUGAAAUCGUCGCUCAGAUUUUGAAAGAAGAAGCUCAGUUGGAGAAAGUGAGAAAACAAUCGCGCCCACGGACCCUGAAGAGCGACAACAAGAUUUCUGAUGCUUUAAGAUGGCGCAUGAAAACGUGGAAGUACAUAGAGGAGGCAUGUGAUGAUUCAGUGGCAGUGGUUACGCAGAAAUCUUGGCGCCCCCCUUCACCUUGUGACUCACUUGAAGACAAGAGUUACAUUUUGGAAGGGUCUCAACUGAUGAUCCCUGAAAUUAAAGACAAAGAAGAGGAGGAGGAAGACAGGAAUGAGACUCUAGCUGAGCCAGAGUUUACAGGAAUUUGGGAUCAAGAGUGCAGCAUAUCCGAGGUGCCAGACGACAGAAUCGACUCCAAACCCCUUGGAGCAACUAAACUGGAAAAGGAGAUCUUUGCUCAAAACUUGGAGAAGCUUCAUAGUGGAGUCAUACAUAAGCAUAGGGUUUGCGGACGUGAAUUUAAGGGCUGCCCUUUUUAUAGCAAGCCAAGCCUCAUUCAUUUCAAGGACUUUGAUAUUGGUAAAACGUAUAAAAAGAAGAUGGUUUUGAUCAACGCUUUCUACAGCAUUAACUUCUGCAAGCUGGUUGGAGUCAGUGAACACCUGAAGGAUUUUUUCACUGUUCUCUUUGAUCCUCCUGGCCCGAUGUCUGCCGGAAUGUCUUGCGAAGUAGGGGUGACCUUUAAACCUAUGAUAAAUGAAGAUCUUGAAGGAGAAGUCACAUUUUUAUCUCAGAUUGGUUCCUUUUCAAUCCCGCUGAAAUGUUCAACCAAGAAGUGUGUGCUGGCACUAGAUAAAGAGCUCAUUGACUUUGGCACUCAUCUGGUGGGAGAGACAAUUUCACGGACCAUCACCUUGACGAACUCUGGCGCCUUGGGAACGCGGUUCCAGCUUCGCAAAUCAGCCGGCACUGAUGCUACGCGCGCUGUGAUGCCGCUGCCUUCCACCGAGGGAAUGGCCUGUGGCCCUGUGCUCGGGAUAAUCAGCAGCGAGAAAGGCAGCGCCUACAGUCUGGGAGGCUCUCUGGUUGACAAGGACACGUUUUCUCUUUCCCGCUCCGAAGAGGUUAUCCAGCACGUCACUCUGAUGCCAGAGAAGCAGAGGUCUGAAACGACCACAACCAGCAGCAAUUUUGAGCCAGCCCGUCACCUGGGGUCUGCAAUGGAUGCAGAUGGCGAAAGACCGAUAAGCUCUCUGGAAAUGAGCUGUCAGGAACACCGGUGUAAGGAAGAAAUUACUUUGGGCAAGGUUACAGAAGGUGAUAUUGGACCCUUCAGCUCCAUCAAACUCCAGAUUAUUUUCACCCCAGCAGUUCCUGGGGAUGUACAGGCUGAUUUCAAGAUUACCUUUGGCAACCCAGACUGUAAACCCUUACGUUUCAAUGUCACCGCGGUUUCUGUGGCCGUGCCUGUAUGGGUGCCCAAUCCAGAUGUCGAUCUCAAAAUCUGCAUGUAUGAUAGGCUGUAUCAGGACUGCAUCGUCAUUCAAAGCAGAGCGACAAGUGCCCUUCGCUUGAAGUUUGAUGUUUGCAAGGAACUGGCCAACCAUAUGGAGCUGCUUCCAAAGACCGGCUACAUUCAAGCCCAGUCAUCCUUCAGCGUGCAGUUGAAGUUCCUGCCGAGGUACUCUCUUUCGAAAGAUGCAGGAAAGUACUUUGAUGAAAAAACCAGGGUUCUGGAAGUCCCAAUGACGAUAAUAGUUUCCGAUCAGAGUAAGCCAGUUGAGUUUACUGUUCAUGCAAUCAUCACCACCUCGGAUUUGGAAAUCAACCCACCAGAAGUGGAUUUUGGAUAUUGCUCCAUCUAUGAAGCCGUCCGGACAACAAUCACAGUAACAAAUAAAGCCAUCCUUCCCCAGGAGUUCGGCUUUGUAGGACUCCAUGAGUUUGUAGAAGUUCAGCCCAAUGAUGGAUUUGGAAUACUUCUGCCCCUUGAAAGCUUGAACCUGGACAUAAUCUUCAAACCCACAAAGGCGAAGGAAUACAGCUUUCAGCUAACUUGCAAGACUGAGAUCAACAGGCAAUUCAAGCUGUCGUGCAAAGCAGUUGGAGUCCACCCUCCUCUGGAGCUCUCUCAUUCCUUGGUUCAGUUUUCCACCACCGCUCUGUAUGAUGUCUCGACAGCAACUCUCUUUGUUUUAAACUCGCACGUCAGCCUCAAUCAGUUCACUCACUUUGGCCCAAAAAUAGGCGAGGGAGAAGUUGCCCCCGUCGGGCCGACUUCCUUCCAGUUCCUGGUUCCUGAAGACUCCCCCAUAACAAUCGUGCCCUGUGUCGGAACUGUUCUGCCUGGGAAGAAGUGCAUGAUUGAAGUCUCUUUCCGCCCGGUAUUGUGUGAGCAGUUCAUCAGACUGGAGGCAGUUCACCUGGUGAGCCAGGCUGCUGAGCUGAAGAUGCAGAUGGAGAAGAAGGCCCGGGAAUUGGAACUGCAGAGAAAGAAGGAGGAGGCCAUGAUAACUCGGAAAGAUGGGAAGAAACAGGCAAGCAUUUCCUUCCUUGCUCAGCCGUCAAAGGACAAACAUGCCGGCAAGCCGUUUGAGCCACCCAGCCCAGAAGACGUUUGCCCCGAUUCCGAAGAGUAUAUUGCAGCUCACUUAUCCCUGGUUCGGAGCUUCAGCGACCAAUUCAACAAAUACGUCAUACCUUGUUUCGUUGCAAGCGGCUAUAUAGACGAGAAGAGAGGGGCAGAAAAUCUGCGUUGCAGCCCUCAUGAUACCUUGUACCUAGAGCUGCAUUGUCCUGCUGUGGCCCCUGCUGUAGUGGUCAUUUCAAAUAAUGGGAAAACCGUCUUCAACUUUGGGGACGUUGCAGUAGGGCACAGAAUUAAAAAAACGGUCAAGAUACAGAAUAUAUCGCAAGAACAAAUGACGCUGGGAUUUUCCCUCCUGAAUCCCUUUGGACCCUUCCUGUUGGUAAAUCCCAUUUGUACACUCGGGGAAGAAGAAGCCCAUGAUCUUAUCAUCACAUUCUGUCCAGAGGAGAAGAAGUGGUUCUUUGAAACACUGGAAAUGCGAAGUGAGAAAGCUACCCUAACCCUUACCUUGAUUGGUCAAGGAGUGAUCUCUUCAAUCGCUUGUUCAGUGGAAGGAGAUGUGUUCAACAUGGGAUAUGUCGUUGCCAAGGAAUCAACCACUUCUACCUUCAAGAUCGAGAACACGUCCUGCCUGCCUCUGAGGUUCACCAUCUUGCUGGAAUCCCUCUCGCCGAACAGAGACCGAGAGCAGCAGAGGCUUCCCCCUUUCGUUGCAUCUCAAAGGAAAACAGAUUUAGUCGGUACGCAAAACUACAGCGGCUUGAGCGUCUUCAACGUCUCCCCUAUAGAAGGCACCAUCGGUCUUGGGAAGUUUCAGGAGUUCACCGUCACCUUCAGCCCCGAUCACGAGAGCCUCUAUUACUCUGACUGCAUCCAGGUCCUUCUCUUUGGCAAGGAAGUCAUCCGUGUGAUCCAGGUGAAAGGGGCGGCAAGAAACCACAUUAUGUUUGUGGAAGGAGGCGAGCCGUUGGAUGUGUCCAUAGAGUCGUUGGCUGUGACAACAUCUGUGACUGAAGAAUCGGCCAAGUCAGAGAGUGACAAGGCUACAAACUCCAUUCUUCUCAGCCUGGAGUCUGUACAGUCAGAGACCUUCGUCAUCCCAGCUGUAAGAGAGCUGAAAGUCGGAGCAAUACAGACCACCCAAUUCCCAUCCAAGAAGAACGUAGAAUUCAGCUGGGAAAGCCUACAGCUUGUGCAGCUCAAAGGAUUCUCUGUCGACCCUGUGAAAGGAACCGUAGAACGUGGGCAGACCAAAUCCGUCACUGUUUCCUGGGUGCCCCCUGCUGGCUCAGAUCCCAAUCAGCCUGUGACGGGGUCAGCCGUGUUGACCGUCAAAGGAGACGUUAAGGAAAUCUACAAUGUCUACUUCAUGGGCAGGAUUGUGACCAAGUGAGCUCCCGCCAAGCCGAAACUUCCAAGCUGACUCUUCUCAAGAAAGAGGAAGAAACGUCCCUUUGCAUCUCUUCUGACGGAGUUCCCAAACGCUGCAUGGCGCCUUCCAGUCGAUCGCAGGAGCCGAUACGGCAAAUUCCUUGUU